AUGGGGAAUAUACCAGGAGGAAUGGGCGGCCCUGGAGGACCAGGUGGCGGCGAUAAGAAAAAACAGGAUAAGUCUAAAAAGAAGGGACCCGCCCCUCCACCAGCGCACUUCGGCAGGAGAAAGAAGCGCUUUAAUAAGGGACCACCGGGCAUGUCAAAAAUACCAACAGUAGUUCCCACUAGCAAAUGCAGAUUGCGAAUGCUCAAACUUGAUAGGAUCAAGGACUACCUGCUCAUGGAGGAAGAGUUCAUCAACCGACAGGAGGCUAUGAAGGUUGGUGGAGAGGACAGGACUGAGGAGGAGAGGAACAAGGUUGACGAGAUUCGGGGAAAACCAAUCAGUGUUGGUAACCUGGAGGAGCUCAUAGAUGACAGCCAUGCUAUUGUGUCUACCUCCAAUGGUCCUGAGUUUUAUGUAAACAUUCUCUCUAUCGUCGACCAAGAUCAGCUCGAGCCCGGCAGCUCAGUUCUCCUCCAUAACAAAUCCAUGUCCAUCGUGGGUAUACUAGCAGAUGAUGUUGAUCCAUUGGUCAGCGUUAUGAAGGUCGACAAGGCACCUCUCGAGUCUUACAGCGACAUUGGUGGUCUAGAGCAGCAGAUUCAGGAAAUAAAGGAGGCCGUAGAGCUCCCCCUCACUCAUCCGGAGCUGUACGAGGAUAUUGGUAUCAAGCCUCCGAAGGGUGUCAUUCUAUAUGGCGCACCUGGCACUGGCAAGACAUUACUGGCCAAGGCGGUUGCGAACGAGACUAGCGCCACUUUCCUUAGGGUUGUGGGCUCUGAGCUCAUCCAGAAGUAUCUUGGUGAUGGCCCCAAGUUGGUUCGGGAAAUGUUCCGAGUGGCAAAUGAGCAAGCUCCAUCGAUUGUUUUCAUAGAUGAAAUCGAUGCCGUUGGAACGAAACGGUACGAUACGACAUCGGGAGGGGAGAGGGAGAUUCAGAGGACGAUGCUCGAGUUACUCAACCAACUCGAUGGUUUCGAUCAAUCGGCGGAUGUGAAGGUCAUCCUUGCCACCAACAAAAUCGAAAGCCUUGAUCCUGCUCUCUUGAGGCCUGGUCGAAUUGAUCGUAAAAUUGAAUUCCCCUUGCCGGAUAUCAACACCAAGAGGCGCAUCUUCCAAAUCCACACUUCUAAGAUGACUCUAGCGGAUGAUGUAGAUCUGGAAGAGUUUGUUCACAGCAAGGAUGAUCUCAGUGGAGCCGAUAUCAAGGCCAUUUGUACUGAAGCGGGUAUGUUGGCGUUGCGUGAACGACGCAUGCGUGUGACAGCUGAGGAUUUGAGGAAGGCACGAGAGAAGGCGCUGUAUCGCAAGAAGGGGAACAUUCCUGAGGGAAUGUAUUUGUAA